CUGACGUCAGCGUUUAGCGGAAGGACCCGGAUCCUUCGUAAGCAGUGGAGUGAUCAAAUAAGAAAGAUAAAAAAGUAUUUAUUUACCGCAGGUGAUGUUCCUGAGCAUCCAUGAACACGCGUCGUCGCCACGGUCCUAGGAGCAGCCAGGAAGGCGUGUACCUAGGGCCUGCCCAGACCCAGUCACCGCUGAUCCAGCUGCAGGACCCACAACUCACAGGCCCCAGUCCACCGCCACCUGCCCCACUGGUGGACAUAAGCAACAUGUCGGGCAGGGACCGCACCAAUGAGUUCCAGUCAGUCUGCAGGUCACUACAGGGGAGACAGAAUGGGGUCCAGUCCAGCAAGCCAGCCCUCAGUGCAAUCAGACAGCACAGUGACUUUACCCUCAUGGCAAAGAGGAUUGGGAAGGACUUGAGUAACACUUUCGCUAAACUGGAAAAACUCACAAUACUUGCCAAAAGGAAAUCCCUCUUUGAUGACAAAGCUGUGGAGAUUGAGGAGUUAACCUACAUCGUUAAACAGGACAUUAACAGUCUGAAUAAACAGAUAGCACAGCUGCAGGGGUUUGUGCGCUCCAGACAGAGUCAGAAUGGCAAACAUCUACAGACACAUUCCAACACCAUCGUUGUUUCCCUCCAGUCAAAACUGGCAUCAAUGUCAAACGACUUCAAGUCAGUGCUGGAGGUCAGGACAGAGAACCUCAAAGAGCAGAAGAGUAGAAGAGAUCAAUUUUCUCAAGCCCCAGCAUCCUCCUCCCAUCUACAUGCCAGCAACUUCGGUAACUCAUUGUUAAUGCAGGACGACUCAAAAAGGACAGCUGAUGUCUCAAUAGACAUGGACAUCCGUGCCAGCCAACAGCUGCAGCUUGUCAAUGAACAGGACUCGUACAUCCAGAGCCGUUCAGACACCAUGCAGAACAUAGAGACCACCAUCGUAGAGCUGGGCUCCAUCUUCCAGCAGCUGGCCCACAUGGUGAAAGAGCAGGAGGAGACAGUGCAGAGAAUUGAUGGCAACGUGGAGGACACCCAGCUCAACGUGGACAUGGCACACUCAGAGAUCCUCAAGUACUUUCAGUCUGUCUCAUCCAACCGCUGGCUCAUGGUCAAAAUCUUCCUCGUUCUCAUAGUCUUCUUCAUCGUCUUUGUGGUCUUCUUUGCCUGAGGAGCAGGGGGGCACUUGGCUAAGGAUGAGAGAGGGAGGAAUUGUGCUGGAGGAGAGUAGUGGGGAGGAAAGAGGUGAAAUAGAGGGGAUGUGUAGGGAAUAGAGGAGUAGCUGGAAGGGGAGGUGUGUACCCUCUUUGUUUCUCCUCCUUUAUUUUUCCUUUCUCUCCUUGUGGUUUAAAGAAAAUACCACUACUAACACACAAUUCUACAUGUGUUAAGAUGUGGUUAUGCUGAUAAUGAAUAGCUGUAUGGUAGAAAGAAGAUGAAAAAUAUGAUUCUUGUUAUUAUUACCCUCCAUUAAAUGGAGUAAAUAGAUGAUGAUGAAAUCUAUGAUGGCAGGAUAGAAGACUAUUGCAGUUGGAUUGAAACUCUCCUGUUGUCUUUAUGCAUUAUUUCUGUAAUUUGUAGAAAACAUUCCUACUUCUUGAAGGACAGGGUCAAUCCAAAGAGAGAAAUUGAGUCGGAAUAGGAAACUGGUAGAUUCAUUUGGCCUUAAUAGACCUGUAUGCUGAAUCUCUGAGGGACAUUACUCCCCACAAUGCACCUCACUGCCAGCAGUAAUACCUCCUCUAGGAGGUUAGGGAUGAUUGACAAGUCCAUGUGAAUGCCCUCUGACUUUCAAUCUCUUCUUUGAUGGUUAGAAAAGCUGAUAGGAAAUGUUUUGGCAACUCUUAACUUAAACUGUACAUGCAUUGUGUUGCACAAUGCUAUCAUGCACAUGAAAGGACAUACAUCAUGACAGUCAACUUGACGUGGUUGACCUGAGAUAAAUGAAUGUACUGUGUAAGUGAACCAUUGCCAGUACUUCUGAUUGUUUUUGUUUUUCUCUAGUCAGAUACUGAACUGUAUGUGCAGAACUGCUUUGCCUUUAACAGCUACCAUAAAACAUAUUUGAAUUAAGAUACAUUAUUUUCCAUAAACUAGUUAUUUAAAUUAUGUUCAGUCAUGGUCUGCACAUAACACCUGAUGAGUGGUGUUUUACAGACAGAUGUUCUCCAUUUUCCACCCCCUGCCUCCUCCCUAAUACCCACCCACAUACACACACACACACACUUCAUAAAUGUUCAGAGCUCACCAUUUUUUUGAGGACUAAAUCUCAGUUUUAUCUAUGUCUCUGAGGUAUCUGUAAAGUGAAAUUAAUUGAAAUUCUGAUUUGUUAUGUCUCUCCCUUUUUGUUCAAGAGAAUGACUGAGACACUGAAAAAAAGAUUCAAAUAUACAAACUCAUCUGUUUAGCUCAUAUUCUGUAACCCAGAAAUAUUGGAAUGGACAUUUUUCAAGAUUUUAAAAUAUUUUUUAGCCUGCACUUUUUAAACUGUUUCACCCAUUUGCUCUCCUCUGUCUCUGGAUAUCUAGGAGGAAGUAUUGUAGGUCACAGCUCAUUUUAUUGAUAACCCUAAUUUCUGUAUUUUGUCAUAAACUUUGGUUGUAGAAAUUGCAAAUGUGUAAGCAAAAAUAAAAAAUAAUUUUUAACGUU